AAUUAAUUCUUGCAUCUGGCCACAACAUCAUUUCACAACUAUUACAACCAAGUAAUUUCGAUAUCAUCAAUCGAGUCUCAAGUUCCAACCAACAAGUUCAGAACCUACAAGAUCCCUGCGCCCGCAAUCGCAAUCAUGGCUGAAGUGGUGAGUAACGUCACACCCAAAAGCAUGCAAAGCCAAAGGCUUUCCCUCCCCCCACACGCACCAACACCACCUGCAUUUGCCUCAUUCCUAGAAGAGGAAAAUCAUCUGAAACCGCAUAAAUCAGCUGCAUCAUCUUCAUCCCGCUCCACCAAAAACAACCCUCUUUAUUUCAACACCACCUCGUCUAUUUCCAUCUCUCGUAUUAACUUGUCUCGUUCAUCACAGGAUUCUGCUGCCCCUCCUAUCCACGAACCCAAACUCCGCAAAUCCGUAACCUUUAGCGGCGACGACACCAUCAUGGAUGAAAACGGCGAAAUCUCAGAGGCUCCUGCCUUGGAGCACAAGACCACGGCCGAAAAACACUCUACACCUCCCGAAGACGCCGCCGUCAGCGAGGUGACCGACAUGUUUGCCGGCUUGGGCAAAAAGAAGAAGAAGUCGUCGAAACCAAAGGCCGAAGAUGCCGAUGGCGACACGCCUGCCGUUGGCGCCGACGGAGAAGUCGAUCUUUCAGGAUUGAAGAAGAAAAAGAAGAAGUCAUCCAAACCCAAGGGAGAAGGUGGUGAUUUUGCCGACAAACUGGCCAAAGCUGGUUUGGAACCCACCGAAGGAGACGAAGACACCCCCAGUGGCCCCACGAUCGAAGAAGCUGGCGACAUGACCAAAGGCACCGGCAUCUGGGGUCACGACGACAACCGACCCAUCAGCUACGAUCUCCUCCUCUCCCGGUUCUUCCAACUCGUCAACGAACACAAUCCCGAUAUCCUGGCGUCAGGCUCCAAAUCAUACAAGAUCCCACCACCACAAUGUCUACGAGAAGGCAACAAAAAGACCAUUUUCGCCAACAUUGCCGAGAUCUGCAAACGCAUGAACCGAUCAGACGAGCACGUGACGCAAUUCUUGUUCGCUGAAUUGGGUACAUCAGGUUCCGUGGACGGAUCGAAACGAUUGGUCAUCAAGGGUCGAUUCCAACAGAAACAGAUUGAAAAUGUCUUGAGACGGUACAUUAUGGAGUACGUCACCUGCAAGACUUGUCGCAGCGGAAAUACCGAGUUGUCCAAGGGAGAGAACCGGUUGUACUUUGUGACUUGCAAUUCAUGUGGAUCCAGACGGUCGGUCACGGCCAUCAAGUCUGGUUUCACUGCUCAAGUUGGCAAGAGAAAGAGGAUGAACGGUUGAAUGAAUUGAUGAGCAAAGCUGUAGCAAUGUUGGUGUUGGAUGGUGGCCAUGUGCAAUACCAGAAUGCCAUUCGAUCAUGGUAUCCAGGCAACGAGACAAGCAGACAAGAUUCAAAAUUCCGAAACGUGGCUGGCUGAUAUGAUAUGAUAUACGCUAUCCACCAACUCACUCACUCACUGGGGUGAAAUCUUUCCGCCGGGGAUAUUGUCUCUCGCUUGGAAACAAACCCCAAGUUUACAGUUUAUGAUACUAGGGAAAUGUUAGUUAGACAGUCACCAAUAGACCUCAUGAAAGCCUUCUGCAUAUCUAGCUAGACCUAGAUUCUUGUAGGAGGGAGGUCCAUGAAUGAAAUCAAACUCAAAAUCCAGUUUCCAAAAUGGAGUCUUUGUAGAGAAGCAAAUACAAGUAGAUAACUUGGAUGGAUG